AUGUCUUUUAAUCCAUUUACUGACUCUUCAAACUUUGUUGAGCUACUUCAUAGUCAACAAAAUGUAGUCUUUGGUAACGUUUCAGAUAGUGUUUCACUUUCUUCUUUGCAAGUUCCUUUCUUAGCCAGUCAAGGAACCGGAGAUUCUAACUUCGGUGAAGACACUCCAACCAAUCGUAAAGAACGAAGGACCUGGACCCCAACUGAUGAUGUAGUGCUCAUCAACUCGUGGUUAAACACGAGAAAAGAUCCCGUAGUAGGGAAUGAGCAAAGGUCUGUUGCUUUCUGGAAAAGAAUAGUUGCGUACUUCUCGGCUAGUCCCAAGAUUGCUCCCGGUGAAAGAAGAGAAGCAUCACACUAUAAGCAACGGUGGCACAAGAUGAAUGACUUGGUCUGCAAGUUUUGUGGAGCAUAUGAAGCUGCAACCAGAGAAUAA